AUGAGGAUGUGCAAGGCCCCUGAGCUGCUGAAGAAGGCGGCAACUGUGUUCAAGAGCAAGACUGACACCCUAAUAACAAAGCUCUUCGUCCUAGCCUCGCUCCGCUUCAAGAUGGCAACGGUCCGGACGAUCUCUCGCAGGAUAGAUGCGCUGAUGUCAUCAGACAGGGAGAAUCAGACCAGGUUGGAGUAUGGUGACAGGGCGCUUGUCUUGCGCAAGGUGGCAGCGGGCAUCCAAGAGCCAGCUACUACUGAUCAUGAACAAGAUGGUGUGAUUGAUCUCUCUGAGGUGGCGAUGUUUGUAGAAGAUGAUCACGAUCACUACCCUGACUGGACACACUCCUUGUUCAAUGACGAAUAUUAUAACGAUGAUGAUGAAGAAGAAGAAGGCUACCAUGAUGAUCAUGGUACUCUUGAUGCACUCGACGAGCGAUCCAUCAUGGAUAUCAUCAAGAGCAACCGGGAGGUGGAAGGCUUAGAGUUUAACAUGGAUGAUGCGAUUGACCAGGCUUGUGACAUGUUCAUAAAGAGGUUUCGGAAGAGGAUGAACAGGAGCUUCUAG